AUGUCGGAGGAAUCCAGCCCCGUCCCCACGCCACAGCGAAGACUCUCAACAGGCGGCAAGCCCCCCGUCCGAGUCCGCUCCACCUACGUCGUCGAGCCGGCCCCCUCCCGCCACGACCCCUCCGUCCCCUGCUUCACCGCCUGGGAGCGCCACGAGCUCUGGGGCCCCCCGCCGCGCGGGUGGACGGUCGAGGACUUCCCCAUGGCCGACACGCUCCCGCACUGGUCCUUCCAGAUCUACGACACCACUCCCGGGUCCGACUCGGCGGAGCACCUGAAGAAGAUCGCGCGGGCGCUGCACGAGGACACGUUCGAGAGCCGCACGAUCCCGGACCGCGGCGAGCCGGACCGGUUCGACGUCUGGGGGUUGCCGAUGGAGGAGGGGCUGGGGGAGCGGGAGAGGGUCGAGCGGUGCCGGGAGCACGCGAUCGGGGAGGCGGCGGCGAGGAUGAGGGAGGGGGUCGAGGGGUGGGAUGUUCCCGACAGGAGGCAUUCUUGGAGGGAGGACAGGACGACGAAGGUGAUUGUCGUGAUUGACCGGCCGCGGGAGGAGUGGGGGGAGGGGGAGGAGGAGGAGGAGGAGGGGGAGGAGGAGACGGGCGGGUGUUUGGGCGUCGAGUGGGAUGCGCGGCCUGAUUACGAGACGUACUUGAGGGGGAAGGGGGAGAGGCCCGAGGUCUGGUGGUCGAGGGAUACGCUGGAGGGGUUGGGGAAUGAAAUGAGGGAGAUCAGGUUCACGUUUCCUGAAACUGAGGAUUCCAGUGAGGAAGAAGAUGAGCUCUGCGAGUGA